GUCUAUUUUAAACUUUUAUUACUUCUUAAAAUAAUGUAAAAAGUUAUCAAGUAUUAAACAUUUUAUUAAAGUUUUUUUAUUGUAAGAAUUAUUAUUUAUAUAUUAAGAAUCACAACACGAAAGGACAUAAGGUCUUAUUAAAAUUACAAAGAGGACAUGAUAGGCAGUUGCCACCUAGAACGGUGGCUUCUAGAGGCUGCACCUCUGUUUGUAUAUAAAAAAAUAAAAAUAAAAAUAAUAACAGAAAAAAAAGGGAGCUUUUCCUCCUAUAUAUACCGAGCAUAGAUUUCUUAUUUCCUACGUACGAAGUCUAGAAUUAUAGAAAUGGAAGUUCACAUAGUUUCAAGAGAGAUGAUGAAGCCAUCUUCACCAGCCAUUAAACAUCAAAAGCCCUACAAACUCUGCCUUCUCGACCAGCUUACUCCUACAACUUAUAUUCCAAUUAUAUUUUUCUACCCUAUGAACAAUUUGUUUACCAAAUCAACCCUAGCCCAUCUAAAGGAAUCUCUUGUUAAAACCCUCAAUUUUUACUACCCUUUUUCUGGAAGAGCCAAAGACAAUCUCUAUAUUGAUCGUUUCGAAGAAGGAGUUCCAUUCUUUGAAGCAAAAGUAAAUUGUUCAAUGUCUUAUUUCCUGAAACACUAUGAAACUGAGUCAUUAUCCAACCUUUUCAUCCCAAGCCACCCAUUUAGCAAGGAAAUAGACAUGAGUAUAGCACUUGUAGCAGUUCAAGUGAGCAUGUUUACUUGUGGAGGAAUAGCAGUAGGUCUGUGUUUGUCACACAAGUUAAUUGAUGCAGCUACAGCUUCAAGUUUCGUAACUACUUGGGCAUCUUUUUGCCGUGGAGAUCCUAAGAAUGUGAUACAACCUGAUUUCGAGCAACCAUCAACAUUUUUUCCAUCAAGCACUUCAUUACCUCAAAAUUAUUUAUCUCUGAUGGAAAGAAUAUGGUUCGUUAAAGCUAACUACAUUACAAAGAGAUUUGUGUUCGAUGCAAAAGCAAUAGCUGCACUAAGGGUUAAGGCAAAAGCCAAACUUGAAGCAGAACCAACUCGCAUUGCAACAUUAUCAUGCUUCAUUUGGAAAUGCUCUAUGGCAGCAUCAAGGGCAAUAUCAGGUGCACCAAAGCCAUCGAUUUUAGUGGAAGCCGUAAAUCUCAGGCAAAAAACAAAGCCACCCAUGAAAGAUAGCUCUACUGGGAAUCUGUUCUGGUGGGCAGUAGCACUUGCUAGCCCUACAGACACAAACAGUACAGAAUUGAAUGAGCUGGUAAGCAUGCUAAGUGAAGCAAUUGCAGUGUAUAAAAGCGAUUAUACGCAUAGUUUACAGGGUGAAAACGGGUUGAAAAUAAUGUCCGAGUACUGUGAGCAACUAGAAGGGAUGUUUUCCUUGGAAGAACCUGACAUUUUUGGAUUUACAAGUUGGUCUAAAAUGCCUGUCACUAGACCAAACUUUGGAUGGGGAGAACCAUUUUGGGUUGGUCUAAUGGCAAAAGCUGGACCUGAAUUUAGAAACUUUACUGUAUUUAUUGACACAAAGGAUGGUAAAGGGAUUGAAGCAUGGAUUACUUUGGAUGAAGCAAGAAUGGCUAUUCUACAAAGAGAUCCUGAGUUCUUAGCAUUUGCUUCUCCAAAUCCAAAGAUUUCUAGCCUCUAAAUAUUGUUUCUUUUUUCAAAUAUAAUAUUAUAUAUGUGUCAGCGUGCCUAUAAUUAAGUUUAGUGUGUUUAAAUUUUUUUGUGAUGAUUACUUAACUUUUCUUCCUUUUUCUCCUUUC